CACUCUCUAGGCUGGGCAGCGUACAUGCCCACGCCUCUACCUGCAGCGCACACUAGUCAUACUACACGGCCGGCGCUGCAGAAACCACACACUAGCGAGUUAAAAGCCAGCCGGCUUCAGUAAGCGGCGGCGAUGGCGAAGGUCGCCGCGGAGGCAACGGGGCGGCAGGCGGCGUCCUUCGUGCUCGGCUGCGUCGCCGCGCUCACCGUCGUCCUGCUCCUGCAGCGCCGCCCCGAGGACCUCAUCACCCGACCCGUGGCGCCGGUGCAAUUCUUCGGGGGGAGAUCGUCAUCAUCCUCAUCAGGCCGUGACGGCACUUGUUCUUGUUCUUCCCCGUCGUCAACACCGACAGGUCCUCCGCCGGUGAUCGUUGCCGCUGAUCAUCAUUCUGACGCCACAAAGCAGCCUGGAGCUGCUGGUGCUGCCACUGAUGCUACCGCCGAUGAUCUAAGCCGCCUUCCGGCCAGUCCUGCCCAUCGGCAACAAGAAGAGGGCCGCGACGCCGAGGAGGACGAGGACGCGGAGUUCCGUGGGCUUGCCGCCGUGGUGGCGCGCGCGGCGACGGCGGACGACCGGACGGUGAUCAUCACGUGCGUGAACCACGCGUGGGCGGCGCCGGGGUCGCUGCUGGACCUCUUCCUCGAGAGCUUCCGCAUCGGCGACGGCAUCGCGCACCUGCUGUCCCACGUCCUCAUCGUCGCCAUGGACCCGCCGGCCAUGGAGCGCUGCCGAGCCCUGCACCCGCACUGCUACCUAUACACCAUCCCCGGCGUCGACUUCGCCUCCGCCAAGUUCUUCCUCUCCAAGGAGUACCUCGAGCUCGUCUGGAGCAAGCUCAAGCUCCAGCGACGCGUCCUGCAGCUCGGAUACAACUUCCUAUUCACUGACGUGGACGUGAUGUGGUUCCGGAACCCGUUCAAGCACGUGACGGCGUACGCGGACAUGAGCAUCUCCAGCGACGUCUUCUUCGGCGACCCGGACAACAUCGACAACUUCCCCAACACGGGCUUCUUCCACGUCCGUCCCAACAACCGGACGAUCGCCAUGACGAGGGCGUGGCACGAGGCCAGGGAGAGGUACCCGGGCAGGAACGAGCAGCCGGUGUUCAACGCCAUCAAGAAGGGGCUCGUCAGGGACCUCGGCCUGCGGGUGCAGUACAUGGACCCGGCCUUCAUGGGCGGCUUCUGCAGCUACGGCAAGGACCUCCGCAAGAUCUGCACCAUGCACGCCAACUGCUGCGUUGGGCUCGCCAACAAGCUCAGGGACCUCGCCACCGUGCUCGGCGACUGGAAGAACUACACCAGGAUGCCGCACUGGGCAAAGCACGCCGCCAAGUGGACCGUCCCGGGAGCCUGCAUCCAUUGAUCAUUUCGAUGGUUGCUUUGCUUCUUCAAACUGACGGUCAUCGUAUCGUACAGGUGGUUAAAUUGCACGGCUUUGGUUGCUGCGUUGCUUUUGCUUCAUCAAACUGAUCGUACAGGACAUUCAGACAACGUGUUGAUGGGUUAUUUCUUUUUCUUUCGGAUUUGUCGGAUAUAUAUACCAAAAGGACUGUAUACUAGCAGAAUACAUGUACACUUACUCUUUCAAGUACUACUAUAUACACCAGAUAUUCAGAAAUGUGACCUAGAACCUAUGAGUUUCAGCUAA